AUGGCGACGUCUGCGCUUCCGGCAGCGAUGGCCACCGCCUCUGCAGAUGUGACUUCCCAGGCUGCGGCUAGCAACGACACACCGGCACCCAGGCAAUACAAGGCGUCCGAUCUUCCACUACCGUCUGCUACCCGAGCAGCCAUAGAUUCCCUGGCGCACAGCUUCAAGAAGAAGGGUGGCUACGACGCCAUUCGCAAGGAAGUUUGGGAUAAAUUCGCCGCCAGUGACUACGAAGAACAGGUCAAAAAAGCUAUCCUCGAGGUCGCCGAACAAGAAGUCGAACGAAAUCCGCAACAGCUUCUCACGCUCGACCGGGGCAAGGCUGCUGCUCUCAUCGAUGGCGCUCUCGAACGAUCCGGCGUUUAUCAGAAGGCCGAGCAAGUUAUUACACAGCUCAUUGACAAGAAUGCGAUUGAAGAGCGCAUGCGGGUGCUGCGUCGCACUGACAUCGGCGAAGAGGAGGCUACUGCGGAGCAACAGCGAGGAUCCAAGACGGACGAAGAAUAUCAUGCAGACACGAUGGCAAGACGAGCAGGUCGCGAACGACUUCGCGAAGAGUUGAGGCAGAAGGAGCUGGCCAUUGAGGAAGAGAAGCGCAAGAUCGCCCGGGAAGAGCGUAAGAAGCUCGAAAAGGAGCGCGAAAAGGCAGAAGAACAACGCAAGUCCGAACGGGACGCCCGAAGAGCUGCUAGGGAGAAGCUCCAGGCUGAACGAGACGCCGAGCGAGAAGAACGCCGCCGCCAAAGAGACAGGGAGCGGAGCAGAGACAGAGACAGAGAUCGAGACCGCGACCGCGACCGCGACAGGAGCAGAAGCCGCAGCCGUCGUAGGGAGAGGGACCGCGAGCGUGAUCGCGAGCGUGAUCGUGAACGUGAUGCCGAGCGCUCACGCGAACGCCGAGAGGAAAAGGAACGCAGACGCAAGGAGCGAGAAGAGGCCACCGAGCAAGCCAAGAAGAAUCUCUCACAGGAAGAUUUGAAGAGGCUCGAGGAGGAGGCUCUUCUGGACCUCCUGCGCGAUAGCACUCGCCACACUGCGAAGCAACCGGAGAUGGAGAUUGAUGAAGCACUGGCGCCCCCGCCUAGAAAGCUGGCGCCGGCGUCUGCCAUCAUGCCCAUCAAGAAGGCCGCUUCACGCGAUUCGCCCAAGCUGCGACCCCGAAGGCAGAAACUGCCGAGCGACGGGCUAGAAGCCCCAGCAAACCGAAAGACGAUGGAAAGGACCGCGACCGCGACGAUGACCGACGGCGCACACGGGAUGACGAUGACCGUCGUAGACGUGACCGUCGCUCCAGAUCUCCGCGUCGUGAUCGCUCUCGCGACAGGCGCGACAGGUCUCGGUCCCGGUCCAGGACUCGACGGGACCGGAGUCGAUCUAGAACGCGUACUGAGAGACGUGAUAGGACACGGUCUCCCUCUCGCACCCGAGCUCGACGGGACCGCAGCCGUUCUCGCACACGCCAUGAUCGACGCGAUAGGAGUCGUUCUCGAUCUCGCGGUGCAAGAGACUGCAGUCGCGAUCGCCGCGAUAGACGAGACAGAAGUCGCUCACAGCCCCGGACGGAGCGCCGUGACCGAAGCCGCUCCAGGACUCGAGUCGAGAGAAGGGAUAGGAGCCGGUCUCGCUUGA